CCUUUUCUGUCUGCCCUUGCAGCAGAAUACCAUCUCCUCCCAGUAGAAAUAUCAAGAAGCUCAGCAGAAGAUCAUUAUCAUCAUCAUCUCCAAUUUUCAUAUGCUCUCUUGGAUCUUCUUCGACUGUUAUAGCCUGCUGACCAUUGUACAAUUUCCUCCUUUGAUUUUUCACUUGAUGGAAGAGAGCUUCUUCCGAAACCUGAAGGCUGGCCAACCAUGUGCCUGGUUGGCGUCAAGAUUGGGAUGAAGUUGCAUUUUCUUGAAGCUUUUCUGUGCAGGUUUCACUCUGUAUUGGCAUCCUGAUGUCCUUGCCAUAUUUUUCUUGGUACUCCGGGAUCUAAACUUCCCCGUAAGAAAUCUAGAAGAGCGGAAGGAGCAGGAAAAAGCUUAGAGGAUUCUGUUCAGCGGAAAAUGGAACAGUUUUAUGAAGGAUCCGAUGGUCCACCACUUCGUGUGCUUCCCAUAGGUGGCUUGGGUGAAAUUGGGAUGAAUUGCAUGCUUGUAGGGAACUAUGAUCGCUAUAUUUUGAUUGAUGCGGGUGUCAUGUUUCCUGACUAUGAUGAGCUUGGUGUCCAGAAAAUUAUACCCGACACAACAUUUAUAAAAAGAUGGAGCCAUAAAAUCGAGGCAGUUGUUAUAACACAUGGCCACGAAGAUCACAUUGGUGCGUUGCCUUGGGUUAUCCCUGCUUUGGAUUCCCACACUCCAAUCUUUGCUUCAUCCUUCACAAUGGAGCUUAUCAAAAAACGCUUGAAGGAGUUUGGAAUUUUUGUUCCAUCUAGGCUCAAGCUUUUUAAGAUCAGGAAAAAGUUUCUUGCUGGGCCAUUUGAAGUAGAGCCCAUCAGGGUCACACAUUCUAUUCCUGAUUGUUGUGGACUGGUCCUUCGCUGCAGUGAUGGUACAAUCCUUCAUACUGGGGACUGGAAGAUAGAUGAGUCGCCAUUGGAUGGGAAAGUGUUUGAUCGCGAAGCCUUAGAGGAACUCUCAAAAGAAGGUGUUACUUUGAUGAUGAGUGACUCGACAAAUGUGCUGUCUCCUGGAAGAUCUAUAAGUGAGACUGUUGUAGCAGAUGCGUUGUUGCGACGUAUUUCAGCUGCUAAAGGAAGAGUAAUAACUACACAGUUCGCAUCUAACAUACACCGUCUAGGGAGCGUGAAAGCUGCAGCAGAUUUAACCGGUAGAAAGUUGGUAUUUGUCGGCAUGUCACUAAGGACAUACUUGGAUGCUGCCUGGAAGGAUGGAAAAGCACCGAUGGAUCCAUCAACACUGGUUAAAGUGGAAGACAUUGAUGCCUAUGCUCCAAAAGAUUUGCUAAUUGUUACAACAGGCUCUCAAGCAGAACCACGUGCUGCUCUAAAUCUUGCAUCAUUUGGAAGCAGCCAUUCCCUCAAACUGGACAAGGAUGAUGUGAUUUUAUAUUCUGCUAAGGUAAUUCCUGGAAAUGAGAACAGAGUGAUGAAGAUGUUGAACCGCAUAACGGAGUUGGGUCCUACAAUUGUAAUGGGUAAGAAUGAAGGGUUGCAUACAUCUGGCCAUGCAUAUCGUGGGGAAUUGGAGGAAGUACUUAAUAUUGUGAAGCCACAACAUUUUCUACCCAUCCAUGGAGAACUUUUGUUCUUGAAAGAGCACGAACUACUUGGGAAGUCAACUGGCAUCCAUCACACCACUGUGAUAAAGAACGGAGAGAUGCUUGGAGUUUCACAUCUCAGAAACAGAAGAGUUUUGUCCAAUGGUUUUGGUUUGUUAGGGAAGGAAAAUUUGCAGUUGAUGUAUAGCGAUGGUGAUAAAGCAUUUGGCACAUCUUCAGAACUUUGCAUCGAUGAGAGAUUACGAAUAGCAUCAGAUGGAAUUAUAGUUGUCAGCAUGGAAAUUUUGCGCCCAAAAAAUGCAGAUGGUUUAUCACGACCAUGCCUCAAAGGAAAAAUAAGAAUUACCACUCGUUGUUUGUGGCUUGACAAAGGGAAGCUUUUAGAUGCUCUUCACAAAGCUGCACAUGCUGCAUUAUCGAGCUGCCCCAUAAACUGUCCGCUGGCUCACAUGGAACGAACUGUGUCUGAAGUAUUAAGGAAGAUGGUAAGGAAAUACAGUAGCAAAAGGCCUGAAGUCAUUGCAGUUGCUGUAGAAAACACAAUGGGAGUUCUCUCUGAUGAGCUGAGGGCUAAAUUAUCUGGAGAAUACCAUGGUGGUUUUGGGCUCUCUGUAAUGAAGAAAGCCAAUGCACCUUCGAGAAAAAGAGGAUCGAGCAGAAGGCCUGAGGAAGUCGAUGAUGGUGAUGCCAACCUGUCAUAUGACCUGGUAGAAGACAAAGAAGGAAAGGAUGUUGAAUUUGAACGGCUAUUAUCAGAGGAAAAUAUAAAAAUUCCUGAUUUGGCGACUCCAUCGUCAUCCACAUUGACAGAAUCUGCUGAUUUCUGGGAAUUUUCUGGAGUGCCUGAAUUUGCAAAAGGUGAAAAUGGUUCUGUUCUGAAAGAACAUGAGAAAUCCACUGAAAAUGCUAAUGAAAGCAGCAAAAAAUCACUGAAGUCUCAACCAGCAGCAUCCAAGCUUGCAAAGCGGAACAAAUGGAAGCCUGAAGAGAUUAAGAGAUUAAUCGAAAUGCGUGGUGAGAUGGAUAGCAAAUUCCAGACUGUGAAGGCACGCAUGGUUCUUUGGGAAGAGAUAUCCGCUACCAUGAUGGAACAUGGAAUCAAGCGAACUCCAGGGCAAUGCAAAUCACUUUGGGCAUCACUUGUUCAAAAAUACGAGGAAAACAGGACUGGUAAGAAAAGCAAGAGAAGUUGGCCUUAUUUUGAUGACAUGGAUAAGAUUCUAGCUGCUUGUGAAGGGGCAACAAAAUGAACAGUGAAGGAAAUGACCACCAACUUUACAAAUUUUGAAGAGCUAAGCAGCAGAGAUGUGUAUGCUGAAUCAGCUUAAAGGGUACAUGGCAUGGAUCCUGUCAGUUCUCUUUAAUAUAAAAGAAAAGGUGAAGAAGAUGAAUUCAAUCCAAAGGGCACCAUCUAGUAGAUUGGUUGAAAUUCGAAUGGGUAUGAAACGGGCAAGUACAGAUUAUUUGUACACUUGCCAGUGUUAAAUGAUUUUGACUUGGAAUUUUUUUCCAUUGUGAGGUGGGCUGCCCCAGAUUCCAGGGCAUUGUGUUUGUUGUAGUCAUUCUAGCAAAAAGAACAUGAAAGGGGUCAUGCAAAGAGCAUUGCUGACAGUUGCAUCUGCUUAAUAUGAUGCAUCAAUUAUCAGGUGCCCAUGACACUAGGCCGUUUUAUUUUGUUGGAUUGUGCUUGCAUGCUGCACGUCCAUUUUCUC